AUGUGUGGGUGCAGCAGCGGGCGAAGUUGGAUGACCAUGGCGGCCUCUCCCCUGACGUGCGCAUCGUGCACGUCCCCGGGCAUCAGCAUGGGAGCGGCAACGACCAGCACAGGCACGGCAAUGGCUGGGCGGAGGCGCUGGCCCGCUUGGGGUUCGGCGCCCCGCUGCUUCGCAGAACAGCAGAGGGCGGAGUCCGAGGCCUCUGGGCCCGUUCCUUCCCCUGCUUCGCCAUAUGCGGGGCGCUGGUCCUGGCCGAGACGGGCUCUGGAGGUUUUCCCCCUUCAGGGGGGCCCUCCCUGGGAGGAGGAGGAGGAGGAGGAGGAGGAGGAGGAGGAGGAGGAGGAGGAGGAGGACGCCUUCGUGAGGCGGCCUGCCGCGUGGCGGCGGUGCACGACGGCCCGCAGGUCGGGAGCCCCGGCGCUCGACCACGAGCCCCGCGGCCGCCACGCGCUCGAGAGGGCGGCGGGCGUGCCGGCCUGGGCGACGGCGCGGCCAACCCUGCCCGACGUUCGGUCGGGCGUGUCCCCCUACAUUACCAGCCUCGAGCACAUCCCUAUCCCUGAGAUUGGCACGCCAAAGGGCGAUGACAAUCUCAGGGAUUCGCCCUCAAAAAAAAAAGGGAAUCCCUGA